AACAACAAGCGAAACGCACACGACAAAAUGGCCAACACGAAACGGAUAGCAGAUCCCAUGGCCGUCACCUGGUCGGAACGCUACAACAAAACAUUCGAAAAAGUAUGGGCGAAAUUGCCUAAUUUUCUCGGAUCUUUUAUCGCUACCGCAGCCGUUUUCAUCAUGGGCUCUUCUAUUCGAGGCGAUUGGCUUUUAAUCCUAGUUCACUUCAUCAAAUACCUGCGCAACGGACAAGAGGAAGAAACAAACAGCACAUUGUCAGACGGACAGAACCUUUACGGCGACUUUUCGCUUAAAGAUUACAAAUUGGAGGGAUUGCCUUAUUACAUUCUACCGGCUAUGACCAUCUCGUACGUCACGUACUUGGGAGUGGGCGGAUUCCUGCACUGGUACUACUACGUCCGCCAACGUGACCGACCUGAAGAAUGGAAAUGUCAACCCACCAAAUGGCUCUCACCCGAAUUGGAAAAACACGAAAUCCUUCUCGGAUCACUUUCGCUUUUCUUUGGCUCCGUCCUUUCGGGCAUCAUGUCCUGUUACAUCAUGAACGGCGGAAAAACAUUUAUCUACUACGAUUACUCCGAUUACGGAUACGUCUGGGCUGUUCUCCAAUGGCCAGCCAUUUUCAUCUGGCAGGAUUAUUUGACAUACUGGGGACACAGGGUUUUCCACACUCCAUUCCUUUACAAGCAUUUCCAUAAAUUGCAUCACACGUACAAGCAACCGACAGCCUUCUCCGUAACAGCAAUCCAUCCGGCAGAAUUUCUCUUUUUCCAAUCAAUCCUCAUCUCGCCCAUGUUCCUCGUUCCCACCAAUUGGAUCACGAUGAUCGUCUUGCUGUCCUACAUUUACUACCACGGCAUCAUCGACCAUUCGGGGAUCAAUUUCAAGGCUUACUGGUGGCAGCCGUGGCAACCGGCCUGCAUCUUUCACGACAACCAUCACCAGUACUUUCACGUCAAUUUCGGAUUCAAUAUCGAAUAUUGGGAUAAGUUGCACGGAACGGACCGGAAGAAAGAUCGGCUCUAUCGCGAGGACAUUUUCUACGGACAAGGAAAAUCAGUUGACGACGCGACAGAAGGAGAAUUGGCUCAAGACAUGGCAGAACGCGAAUCAGAAAACCCAUUGGCCUACGACAACAAUCAACACGCGUACCAGUUGAAGAAAUCCGAUUUGAACAAAAACAAGAAAAACAAAUAAUUAGUCCCCCCUCCCCAACUUUUU